AAAGCUGUGGAACCAAAGAGCAAGAACUGUGUCACCAUGGCUGGCACAGGAAAAGCCGGUAACGCCAUCGGUCCCAGUUUUGUGCAGACAUCCUUUAAUGAGCCGGGCGGUCUCUGUGUUGGUGGUGACGCCAAUUUGUUGUAUGUUGCGGACACCAAUAAUCAUCAAAUAAAGGUUCUGGAUCUGGAAACCAAAACGGUUCGUGUGCUCCCUAUAUUGCACAGCGAUGCAGAAGAUGUUGUGGACAGUGCGCUGCCGAAAAGAAUUAUUAACCCAAAGCUGCCUAAAUCGACUCCCAACAUAAACCUGGAAACCUUAACUGUGUCAUCCAGCAAAACCUUAAAAUAUUCUCUAAACCUCAAACUUCCUUUGGGCGCAAAGUUAACUGAAGGAGCCCCAAGUUUCUGGUUUCUCUUCACAGAAGGUCAGGAGUGGUUACUUGCUGGGCAGAAAACCUAUGGGGAAAUUCUGAGUCUGUCCAAACCAAGCCAGAUUGAGCUUGUCAUCCCGCAGGAGUUCCGGUCCCCUGAGGCAGAGCUGAAAGUCGGGGUCUGCGUGUAUUUCUGCACCAAAGACAGCAACGUGUGUACAAUGAAGUCUGUCUCCUUUACUCAUCCUUUACAAGUGAGCGUUGAGGACACUGGCUACCCACCAGCUCUGGACCUCACCUACAGCUUUUAA